AUGCCGAGCGAUUCAGAAAGUGAGUUUGAAGACCUUAAGGAAUAUUUCCCCGCGUGCGAAUGGAGGGAGAUGAAGGGUUAUGAGAAGAUGAGCUACCGAAAUGCCAAAAGAAACUAUCAUCACAUGCAGCGAUGCGGUUUGACCCCACUAAAGCCCGCUUUCAUGACUCGGAAACUCAAGCUCCCUAAGCGUCAGUCAACAAAAUCUAAGCCGAAUGCCGAGGGUUUGAGCCGGGAAAAGACGAAGAAACGCAAAGUCGAAGACGAACAGCUGGGCAACAACGAUGACGACUUGAACUGGUCUCCCUCUAGAGAUAAGGUUAAGGCGCACCGUAACUCACAGCCCGAACCAGAGUCAACCUCAGCUGCCUCAGCAGUACAGAGGGUCACCAGGGCAGGCAGGAAGAGCAGCACCUCCACGCUCAGAGAGAGCCAAACCCAGCCAGUGGCCUCCGAGACGCAAACUUCGCGCUACCCUAAACGCGACGGCAGCCGCAGGACCUACACGGAUGUGCCCGACGACGAUGACUUUCUGUUCUGCGACGACUGCGAUCAGGAAUGGGAGGGCGACUGCCCGGAACACGGCCCACUGCUCGUCGUCGCGGACACCGAG